GCUCUUUGGUGCUCGCCGUGAAUGUUGUGUAUGUGACUAAAGUUAGUUAAACCGACGCCAAUAAAGAAAAUUCAAAUAGUUUUUCAUAAUGGCCAGUAAGAACAGCAAAAGAUUGUUUAAAUAUGUGUCUGAUGUUUCAGCACAGUGCUCCCGUAAUUAUGGCACUGCAAAGAGGGUGGUGGCGUCAAAACCUGUUGUUGAGAUGGACGGUGAUGAGAUGACUCGCAUCAUUUGGGAAAAAAUCAAGGAGAAACUCAUCUUUCCCUAUGUCAAGUUGGACUGUGAAUACUACGACUUGGGGCUACCUCAUCGAGACGCUACCAAUGAUCAGGUCACCAUCGACGCAGCAAAUGCUGUACUGAAGCACAAUGUGGGCAUCAAGUGCGCCACCAUCACCCCCGACGAGCAGAGAGUUGAGGAGUUCAAACUGAAAAAGAUGUGGCUGAGUCCAAAUGGAACAAUCCGGAACAUUCUCGGGGGCACCGUGUUCCGCGAGCCGAUCCUGUGCAAGAGCAUCCCGCGGCUGGUGCCGGGCUGGACGCAGCCCAUCGUCAUCGGCCGCCACGCGCACGGAGACCAGUACAAGGCGCAGGACUUCGUGGUUCCGCAACCAGGGAAGGUGGAAUUAGUUUACACAACAAAUGACGGAAAAGUCACCAAGACCCUGCUAUACGACUUCAAAACCCCUGGCGUAGCGUUGGGAAUGUACAACAUCGACGAGUCCAUCAGAAGCUUCGCCCAUUCUAGUUUCCAGGUGGCGUUGCAAAAGAAAUGGCCUCUUUAUUUAUCUACUAAAAACACCAUUCUGAAACGUUACGACGGCCGCUUCAAGGAUAUCUUCGAAGAAAUUUAUCAGAGUGACUACAAGAAACAGUUUGAAGAUGCAAAGAUUUGGUACGAGCACCGUCUGAUCGACGAUAUGGUGGCUCAAGCGAUCAAAAGCUCAGGCGGCUUUGUGUGGGCUUGCAAGAACUACGACGGAGAUGUGCAGUCAGACAUCGUCGCUCAGGGUUACGGUUCUCUGGGAAUGAUGACAUCAGUGCUGAUGUGUCCUGAUGGCAAGACAGUUGAGUCUGAGGCUGCUCAUGGUACCGUGACGAGACACUACCGCAUGCACCAGCAAGGCAAGCCCACCUCUACCAACCCGGUGGCGUCAAUCUACGCGUGGACAAGAGGGCUCAUCCACCGCGCUAAGUUGGACGGAACGCCCGAACUGGCGAGGUUCGCGCUUUCUCUUGAAGAGGCUUGCGUGGAGUGUAUCGACAGCGGCAAAAUGACCAAGGACUUGGUUAUUUGCAUCCAUGGCUUGGCCAACACCAAGGAAGGCAUGUUCUUGCACACUGAAGACUUCCUGCUAGCCAUCGCCGAUCAACUGGAGCGCAAACUGUCGUCGAAGUGAUAGACCAAUUUGUUUUAAGUAAAUCAAUUUAUUUUGAAUGUCUUCCUCAUACAUUCUUUCUUAAUAUUGCUUCUUGAUUAUAUUACAGGAAUUUAAAGUCCAAAAGAGAUUCCAUAAAAUGAACUUAAUAGUGUUUAAUUUUUGGCGGUGUUGCACAAAAUCUAGUUAAAUAAAAGUACAUGAUUGUAUUUAUUGUAAACAGAUACUUAGAUAAUAAGUCAGAACAGUGUUAUAAGUCAGGAAGGCAAUCGUUUCUUAACUGAUUUUGUGAUAGCAUUUUGGAAGACUGAAUGAUUCUGUUAGUUUUGAAAUAUUGAGCUGGAAUCAAAGUAUGGCAAAAAACUUUUUAUGUUAAGAAAAGUUUGUAUGUGUAUAAGUACACAAUGUUAGAAGUAAGAAGUGAAACUGUAUCUUACUGAAUACAUUUUAACAAAUCCCUAUUUUUAAAGAUUCGAGAUUUAAUGUGCCUUAUUAUUUUUUAUUGUAUGUAUGAUUUAUCUUCCGUAAAUAAAUUUAUUUUUACAUUU